AUGGCGUCUCGAACAAUCACUCAGAUCAAAUAUCUGGAUGCCCCGCAGCUAUUUCAAUGGAUGAAACAAGACUCAAACUCUUUAGGUCAGCCAUUUCGUGUCAUAGACGUUAGAGGUUCCGAUUACGUCGGAGGUCAUAUUAAAGGAUGCUUUAACUAUCCAUACAAGCAGUUAACCCAGGAUGAUAAAGCCCUGGAAGCAUUCAAGACCAGGCUAGCAGAUGAGAACCCGACCAAUGAAACUAUGAAUGUCGUUUUUCACUGUGCUCAAUCGCAACAGAGAGGACCAUCAGCAGCAUUGAAAUUCCUUAGAUUCCUAACAGACGAAGAACUUGAUAAAUACAGGAUCUGGGUCCUCAGAGAUGGAUUCAACCACUGGCAAGAUGUUUACGGGGAAGACAAUUCUGUCACCGAGGGCUACGAACCGGAUCUGUGGUCCUGGUGA